GCAAUCCGGUAAAGGAAACUGAGAUCUGUCAGAUCUCUGUACGUGUUUUCAUGGCCAUGGGAUGAUGCUUUACAAGUCACGAUGAGGAACAGGAGUAAUUCGGGGGUUCGACUGGACUACUACCAGCGCCUUCUCCAUCGAACUAUUCUCAAACAUCAGAACCCAGCCACUGGACUGUUUCCAGCUACUAGUCAUAACAGCCAUGCAUGGGUACGUGACAAUCUAUGGUCUGUUAUGGCUGUGUGGGGACUAGCCCUGGCCUACAGAAAGAAUGCUGAUCUGGAUGAGGACAGAGCCAAGGCGUAUGAGCUGGAGCAGAGCGUUGUGAAGAACAUGAGAGGAUUGCUGUUCUGUAUGAUGAUGCAGACAGAUAAGCUGGAGAGUUUCAAGAAGACCCAGAACCCACACAGCUGCUUCCAUGCUAAGUACAGCAGCCAGACAGGCAAAACAGUGGUCGGGGACUACGAGUGGGGGCACCUGCAGAUUGAUGCCACAUCCAUGUUUGUCCUCUUCCUGGCACAAAUGACAGCUUCAGGUUUGCAGAUAGUGUAUAGUUUGGAUGAGGUAUCAUUUGUACAGAAUCUGGUGUUUUACAUAGAAAAGGCCUACAGAACCCCAGACUAUGGAAUAUGGGAGAGAGGUGACAAAACCAAUCAUGGCUUACCUGAGCUGAACUCCAGCUCUAUUGGAAUGGCAAAGGCAGCCCUGGAGGCCAUCAAUGAGCUGGAUUUGUAUGGAGCACGGGGAGGACCCGCUUCAGUUAUCCACGUCCUGCCUGAUGAGGCCCACCAGUGCCAGGCUAUCCUACAGUCAAUGUUACCUCGAGAAUCCUCUUCAAAGGAAGUGGAUGCUAGUCUAUUGGGUAUCAUCAGUUUCCCGGCAUUUGCUGUGGACGACCCAGAUCUUAUUGACCUCACCAGAAAAACCAUUCAGGAAAAACUUCAGGGCUCAUAUGGCUGCUGCAGGUUUCUUAGAGAUGGCUACAAAACAGUACUGGAGGAUGCCUCUCGACAACAUUAUGAACCAGGAGAACUGGCUGUGUUUGAGAACAUAGAGUGCGAAUGGCCCCUUUUUUUUGCCUAUUUUACCCUAGAUGGAAUAUUCAGUGGAAAAAAGGAACAGACCCAGGAGUACAUGGAGACGCUGGAAGAGCUGAUGGUGAAGACGGAUGACGUCCUGCCUCUAGUCCCAGAGCUGUACAGAGUGCCGAAACACAAGGUGGAAUUGGAGAAAAAGAAUCCAGGGAGUCAGAAACGAGAGCCAAUUGGUCAGAUCCCUCACAAGUGGAGCCAAUCGCUGUACAUAGUUAGUAAGCUGUUAAUAGAAGGGUUCCUGUCACCCGGGGAGAUUGACCCCCUCAAUCGCAGACUCAACAGCGAGCCCAGGCCUGAUGUCGUUGUACAAGUUGUGAUUCUGGCAGAGUCUGUCCUCAUACAGAAUAAGCUGGCAGAGCAUGACAUACUUGUAGAGACGAUCCAGGAUGUGUCCCCUAUACAGGUGUACCCAGCUAAGGCUCUCAGUCAGCUCUACUCUUACCUGGGUAAGAACAAGAAGCUGGGCCUGACCGGUCGCCCGUCCAAUGAGGUGGGUUUGUUGGCCACCAGUAAGCUGUACAUGAUGGACGAUCAGCUGUUCGCAUUUAUGCCUCAGUUCAUGGACAAUCAUCAUUUCUUCUUUGUCCUUGACAUCAACUUUUUGAUUGAUUUCUUCCGUACUGAAGUCGCGUUCCUCAAAGCUAGCUGGCAGGCGUUGGGAAGGCCGACCAUAACCCUGCCAAUUCCCUCAUGGCUUUUAGAUCCCAAGGAGAAUUUGCACCCAGCAUUGAUUGCAACCAUCAAGAAGUUACAGACUGGAUACAUCAGUGGAACAAGGGUGCAGAUGGGUAACAUGUCAGACUUCAAAACCACGUCAUGUAUUACCAACCUCGACUUUAUUCGGGAUCCCGAAGAUCACAACCAAGGUGUUGGUGUCCACCAGGUCAUUAACCUGAUAGAUGGCACAUUAAGCCCCACCUGUCCCCGACCUCACCUGCAGACUCACAGUAAGAAGGGGCGUCAGCGACGGGCAUCUGGGCGCUCCGCGUCCGUGUCGGGUAUGGUAAAAAGAACACGCUCUAUCCAGAUCAAUCCUGGGGAAGCUGCAGAAAUCCGCUCAAUCGUGCAAGCACGACUGGACAGAAGUGGAACAGGCCAAGCCCGCUAUAUGGCUUUCCAAUACAGUCGAAGCACCUCUAGGAUGUCGAGUCGAAGUUCUUCCCAGCACAGUACGGUAUCUGAACAUGAGGAGAUAGAGGCUGGCUACUCUAGUGGUGGGUCAUGUCCUGUUAGCCCCAACUCAUCAGGCUCCUCAGGGGAUUUCCACCUGUCGCACCUGAAACCUGGGUCAGCUGCAGAUCAGUCUAUCUCCCCUUUUGAAAGUCCCUCCACCUCACCACAUAUUCAUCGCAAACCCCCUGGUAUGUCCCAGUCCGAGUCUGACUUCAACACCGCAGACUUCCGGGACCUGAUCGAAACCCUGGAGAAGACAGAGAGCCUUCAUGAGCAGGCAGACAUCCUACACUGUCUUUUCAUCAACAAAGGUCUAGACUGGGACACAGAGAUUGGAGGAAAGAAAGGCUGCACUGUGCGAGAUCUUCUGGUGGAACUCUAUGAAAAGGCUGGUCAUUGGAAGCAGUGGUGGUUAGUCCGUCACACGGCUGGCAUGUUGAGGAAGAGAGUGGAAGACCUAGCCCUGGCUGCAGCAGACCUCCUGGUGCGACAGAAGCAGCUUUCUGUGGGCUUGCCACCUGAACCUAGAGAGAAGAUUAUUACUCGUCCUCUACCCCCAGACGAGCUAGCCUCCAUCAUCUUUGACGCGUAUGGUGAGGAUGUAAGCACGGCCACCCUGACCCAGGAGAUCCUUAUCUACCUGGCCAUGUUUAUCAGGACUGAGCCUAAGCUAUUCAACGAGAUGUUACGUCUGAGGGUAGGGCUCAUCAUUCAGGUGAUGGCCUCCGAGCUGGCCAGGACUCUCAAAUGCACAGGUGAUGAGGCAUCAGACCACCUCUUGAAUCUUAGUCCCUUUGAGAUGAAGACUCUGUUACACCACAUUCUGAGCGGCAAGGAGUUUCUGAUUCACAAUGAGACGGAGACAGAAGAUGAGUACAGACUGUCAGUGAGGGCCUGCGAGCAGCUCAAGAAUGAGGGCGAGAAUUUUGCCAACAGGCUCAGUCGCUCCUACAAGGUGAUCCACACAGACAGUAUUCCUCUGGAUCUGGGUCAUACGUUGGAGGAGGAUAGUGCUGAGGAGGAAACAGAGGAGAAGCAGGGACAGUGGCUGAGGAGAAGGCGGUUGGAUGGUUCUCUGAACCGUACGCCUGUGGGCUUCUACAAGGGGGUUUGGAAGGUGUUACAGAGGUGUCCUGAACUUUACAUUGAAGGCCACUCCCUGAACCAGGCAUUGACACGAGAGAUGACCCCUGGGGAGCUGAAGUUUGCUCUUCAGGUGGAGAUGGUGCUGAAUCGUAUCCCACAACCUGAAUAUCGCCAGUUGAAUGUGGAGGCUCUGAUGAUCAUCGCCUUGAUGGUGGAGAAUGACCAGAACAACAAGCUGAGGCUCCCCCACACCAUCCACGUGGACCAUCUGGUCAGGGAGGCCAACGCCCUCUUCCUGGAAGACCAGCACAUGCCUGCUAAUGUUGCAAAAACUCUUGAGGGAGCUGCCAAGAUCUGCCUACAUUUUUACGACAGCGCCCCUAGUGGAAGGUUUGGAACAUUGUCGUACCUGUGCCGGGCCCUUGCCAAGAGUUUACACCUUCCCAUGGGGAACGAUGACAGCUUAGAGUGUGUCCUGAGCUGAGGAAGGAUCAGUCAGGUUCUCAUAGCAGUGAGAAAAACCUCAGAGUGAGAAAGGGACAGCAGCUGGGAAAAGUGUUACCACUAUUUUCAAAAACAUCAGUGUAUGGGCUUAGCCAUGAAAAGUAGUGGGUGACAAGCUAAGAAUCUAACUUGAUGGAACUUGUGGCAUGAACUCUUUUUGCACAGAUUCUCAUGGUUCACACCAGUGAAUGUAAAUGUUUUUCGAAUACCCAAUAACCUAUGUUUUCCUGCAGUUUACAUUUCCUUUAUGGAAGGAAAUAUCCCAAAAUGAACAUUAUUUUCCAAGGACUUUGAAGGCCUGGAAAACCUUUCAGCAAAGUUAAAGGAUUUCAUGGUCCAGUCAGGACCAUGGAUUCCAUACUUUGGUCAUGGUGCAAAUGUCAGAAUGCUUUAUGCCGUUGAAGCGAAACAGCCACUUCAAUUGAACAAAUGUGGACAGAUGAUACAGUACUGUUUUAUCCAUUAUAUGCUGUGUUUUAAACCUGCACGCAUAAAGAUUUUGGAAGUUUUCUUUGCAGCUAUUUACCCACUAAAUAUGCUCUGUACAUUAAAGCAUGAUAUUGAGUAUAUGGUGUGCAGUAGGAGUAUGCUCCAUGGAAUGUGUUGGCAAAGUGUUGGUCACUGCUUCUUUAGUGAUGUACCACUUGUACAAAACAAAAUACUUCGUCAGUCACAGGACUAAUGCCUGGUCACAGACUGCGCAACAUUUCUCAGUCUUAGUGAAGUAUGUCUUUCUGCCCACAUAAGAGGAUGAAUUUACAAAACAUAUCAGAACAAAUUCAAAAAUCUGGUACAAAAAUCAACCUAAUUGAUAGACUUUUUUAUAAAAUAGAAAGUAACUCCAAAUAUUGAAGUCAUAUUAAAUAUUAUUGUCUAUAUUUCAGUCACUGUGUUUGUGCCAUCAUCACUGUGUUUGUGCCCGACAUAAAGAAGUGUUCAGUGGUUUCACAUAUCAGUUUUACAUAAAAUAAAAAGAAAGUAACUUGAAAUAUAGAAGUCAUUUGUCUGUAUUUCGGUCACUAUGUUUGCGCCAUCAUCAAAAUAUAUGUACAGUAAAGAAUACAUAGGCUUAUAUAAGGUCAUGUAAUUUUUUUAUUUACAUGCAUUGCAUACCUAUACAGGUACAUGUAUAUAAGCCUAUGUAUUCUUAACUGUACAUAUUUUCUGAUGAUGGCACAAACAUGCUGACCCAAAUACAGACUAAUGUUAUGACUUCAAUAUUCGGGGUUACUUUCUUUCUGUUUUAUGUAAAACUGAUCCGUGGACCCACUGGACACUUCUUUAUGUAGGGCAAUUUGUGGUACGUUAUAAAAUAUUUGUAAUCAUCAUCUGAAACUCCAGUGUCAGAUAAUUAAUAUUUAAAUAAAAUUAAUUGAUAUCAUCAUAACAUGCCUAAGUGUAAACUAGUUUUGUUGAAAAAACCCAUGAAAUUACUGGUAAUUGACGUGUCCGCUGUAAGGGGUUUAUGUAGCAGAAAACUUGGGAGACAUAUUCCUUGACUUGAAUAACAUGCUCGUCAAGAGAUUUUUAGGCAGCUGAGCCAAAAACAAACAAUUUUAAUGUAAUGCAGGAAAAAAUUACUUCAUCCCAGUGAAAUUAAUGUGAUUAGAGGAAUGUUAAUGUGAUAAGAUUUUAAUUACGGUGUCAUGAGAACAUGCUUUUUGAUUAAAUUGAGAUUAAUGUAAUUUGAGAACUGUUAUUCUGAUCAGAUGUGGAUUUAUGUGUUAUCACAAAGUAAUGUGAGAACAUAUGACAGUUUAAUGGGAAAACUUAUUUGAGAACCAAUGUAGUUCAGUAGAACUUGUCAUAUGUUGAUAUCUGGAUUAAUGUGAGAACAUGAUAAGAUCUGUAAUCAGAUCUGUGAGAACUAAGCAAGUGGUGAGAUUAAGAAUUUACGUUUGAGAACUGAACACAAAUUGAAACUUAAAGUUGAGAAAU